UUUAAAAACCCGUCUUCCCCCCCUUCCACAGCCGUCGCACGUCUCGCUCGCUGCCAUCUUCUCUGCCCCUACCGAUUCCUCUAGUAAAAAACUGUGAGAUGGCAUUUUCCAGUAAACUUGGUGGCUUAAUUAGGCAAGGACUAUUGAAAAAUGGAAUAUCAGGUGCCCCAAGUGGGGCUAUGCAUCUGCUUAACUCUAUGCGCUAUAUGUCAUCAAAGCUUUUUGUUGGAGGUCUUUCCUAUGGUACUGAUGAUCAACAGCUUAAGGAGGCUUUUAACUCCUUUGGAGAAGUGGUUGAAGCAAGAGUUAUUACUGAUAGAGACACAGGAAAAUCGAGAGGAUUUGGGUUUGUAAGCUUUGAUAGUGAUGAAUCAGCUAGCAGUGCUCUGACUAGCAUGGAUGGCCAGGAAUUACAGGGCCGGAACAUUCGUGUAAGCUAUGCUAAUGAAAGACCUAGUGGUGGGUCUCGCGGUGGCUUCGGUGGUGGUUAUGGCGGCAGCGGUGGUUAUGGUGGCAGUGCCGGCUAUGGUGGUGGACAGAAUGACUUUUGAAGGGGUAUUGUUGCAGGGGUUUUGAAGCAGUUUAUAAUGAAUACUAUUUUUAUGAUGCUACGUUACCUUUUUUGAUAUGCAUUCUGCACUUGUUGAACUAUUAUUUAUAUUUCAGUUUAUUUUUGUUACUUAAACUGCUAUUAAUACUUUGAUGACAUGAAAAGUAUCGUAAUUAUUAAUGAUCAUAUAUACUGGUUGAGAUUCAGAUCAUUCUA